GGGGAGCUGGGGGGGAGCGAGGAGGGACAGAGCCAGAGCCCCGCACUCCAAGCUGGGCGUGGUGACCCGGGCAGGCCGCGUUCUGCCCCACCUCCAUGACGUCAACCCACAAUGCUGCGCGCUGUUGUGCCUUGUAGCGAGCGUCGCCCCUGGCAACAGCGGCCGAAGCAGCCACGGAGCGAGGGCGUCCCGGCCCGCCCCUUUAUGCAAAUCUACGACGUCACCUCGGGCCAAUGGCGAACGGGGGCGGUGAGCUCAUCGUGGGGGCCGAAGCUAUAAGGGUGCGCGCGGGCGUCGCGGGGCAGAGCGGCCGGCAGUGUAGCCGGGCAGCGCGGGCAGCGGACUGGGGGGCGCACGGGGCCCCCCGGGGAGGCCGCGGCCACUCCCCCCGCCCCGGGGCCCAGCGCGGCGGGGGAGGCGGGGAUGGAAACGCCCUUCUACGGCGAGGAGGCGCUGAGCGGCCUGUCUGCGGGUGCGUCGAACGUCGCCGGUACUGCUGGGGCCCCCGGCGGUGGUGGCUUCGCGCCCCCGGGCCGCGCGUUCCCCGGGGCGCCCCCCACGAGCAGCAUGCUGAAGAAAGACGCGCUGACGCUCAGCCUGGCGGAGCAGGGAGCGGCAGGAUUGAAGCCCGGGUCGGCCACUGCACCUUCCGCGCUGCGCCCCGACGGCGCUCCCGACGGGCUGCUGGCGUCGCCGGACCUUGGGCUGCUGAAGCUCGCGUCGCCGGAGCUGGAGAGGCUGAUCAUCCAAUCCAACGGGCUGGUGACCACCACUCCGACCAGCACGCAGUUCCUCUACCCGAAGGUGGCGGCCAGCGAGGAGCAGGAGUUCGCCGAGGGCUUCGUCAAGGCGCUGGAGGACCUACACAAGCAGAGCCAGCUGGGCGCGGCCACCGCGGCCACAUCAGGGGCCCCCGCGCCCCCCGCGCCCGGGGACCUGGCAGCCACUCCUGGAGCCACGGAGACUCCCGUCUACGCCAACCUGAGCAGCUUCGCGGGUGGCGCCGGGCCCCCCGGGGGCGCGGCCACCGUGGCCUUCGCCGCGGAGCCAGUGCCCUUCCCGCCGCCCCCGGGCGCGCUCGGGCCGCCGCCACCUCCGCACCCCCCGCGCCUGGCCGCGCUCAAGGACGAGCCGCAGACCGUGCCGGACGUCCCGAGCUUCGGCGACAGCCCUCCGCUGUCGCCCAUCGACAUGGACACGCAGGAACGCAUCAAGGCGGAGCGAAAGAGGCUGCGCAACCGUAUCGCCGCCUCCAAGUGCCGCAAGCGCAAGCUGGAGCGGAUCUCGCGCCUGGAGGAGAAAGUCAAGACCCUCAAAAGCCAAAACACCGAGCUGGCGUCCACCGCCAGCCUGCUGCGCGAGCAGGUGGCGCAGCUCAAACAGAAAGUCCUCAGCCACGUCAACAGCGGCUGCCAGCUGCUGCCCCAGCACCAGGUCCCCGCGUACUGAGCCGGACUUGGGGCGCAUGCGCGAACUCGCUGCGGUGGGGGGGCGCCCCGGACUCUUCCGAGACUCGGCGCCCCCGGACUCGACAAGCUGGACCCCCCUUGACUCCGGGUGGGGACCCCGAGCGCACGACCCCCGCCCUCGCGCCACCUCUUUCCCCAGCCCCGCGCGUGUUGCACAAGCCCCUUUGUGCCGCCGAGGGGGCUCCUAGGGGCGCGCAGCCUCACGCUCUGCCUUUUUUUUUUUUUUUUUUUUUGCCUUUUGGAAGAGAGAACGGAGUGUCCGAUUCCGCCCUAUUUAUGUUUCUACUCGGGAACAAACGUUGGUUGCGUGUUGCGUGUGUGUUUCCUUGUGUUGGUUUUUUAAAGAAACGGGAAGAAGAAAAAACUCCUCCCCCUUCCCCUCCCCCUCCGCGCUCCCUCCCUCCCCUCGACGCUAUCCUCGUUUUGUUUGGUUUUGUUUUGCUACGAGUCCACAUUCCUGUUCCGUAAUCCUUGGUUCGCCGGUUUUGUGUUUUCAGUAAAGUCUUCGUUACGCCA